AUGACCUCCGUUUUCGUAUCAGGUGCCACCGGCUUUAUUGCCCAGCAUGUUGUCAAGGACUUGCUUGCCAAAAACUACACUGUGAUUGGCUCUGUGAGAUCCGCAUCCAAAGGAGACCACUUGGCCGAGCUCUUGGGCUCCAAAAAAUUCUCGUACGAAGUCGUAGAAGAUAUUGAAAAGGAAGGUGCCUUUGAUGCUGCAUUGGAAAAACACCCCGAGGUGUCUGUUUUCUUGCACACCGCCUCUCCUUUCCAUUUCAAGGCUACCGAUAACGAAAAGGAGUUAUUGUUACCUGCCGUUAACGGAACGAAGAAUGCGUUCAGAGCCAUCCAGUUGCAUGGAAAGAAUGUCACCAAUGUGGUUCUUACGUCAUCAUACGCUGCCGUAGGAACUGCCUCUAAGGACGCCAACAAGGACGAAGUUAUCAACGAAGAGUCCUGGAACGAGAUUACCUGGGAAGAGGCUCUCAAGGAUCCUGUUUCUGGUUACAGAGGUUCCAAGACGUUUGCUGAGAAGGCCGCUUGGGAAUUCCUCAAAGAGAACAACCCAAAAUUCGUGUUAUCGGUAGUGAACCCCACUUUUGUAUUUGGACCACAAGCAUUCGAUUCCGAAGUCAAGGACUCCUUGAACACAUCUUCUGAAGUUAUUAACGCGUUGCUCAAGCUGGGUGCAAACGGAGUUGUUCCUCCUGUCAAGGGAGGCUUCGUAGAUGUGAGAGAUGUUUCUUCUGCCCACAUUACCGCAUUUGAAAAGGAAGCAGCAUACGGCCAAAGGUUAAUUUUGAACUCGACUCGUUUUACUGCACAAGAAAUCGUAGACAUCUUGAACAAAAGAUUUCCCGAGCUCGUGGGCAAGAUUCCUGUCGGAGAACCAGGUACUGGACCUUCUUUACGUGCCAACAAUGCCACUAUUGACAACACUAAGACCAAGAAAAUUCUUGGAGUUUCUGAGUUUAUUGGAUUGGAAAAGUCAGUUGUUGAUUCGGUUAGCCAGAUUCUUAGAACUAGAAAAUAAUGGGUCUAGGUCCAAAUGCCGAAUCAAGGCUUUGAUUUCUAAUGAAAUGCCCUGAUGGAGUGUUGAUGGUUAUAGUUAUGAUUAUCGUUAUUCUAUUAUUUAGAUACAGUGAUACAUACUAUCAUUUUAUUUUGCCUUGUAGACAAUUAGUAUUGGCCAUGAUGGUAAACAUCUAUUAUUGGUAAAUAUUGGUCAUGUUGGCGAUUUACCCUUUUCAGAAAAGCCGGAACAACAUUUGUCAACAACGGGUUC